AUGUCUUUUGAAAUCAUACCCCCAACAGUUGACAAUCCUGAGCAGUAUGAAUACUUGCCAGGUCACUUCACCGCACACCGUGUACUCGGAAUAGACACAACGUCAAGUGAGCGAAGGCUCACUGUGCGGAUGAAAAGUGGCGAACUUCUGGCAAUGACCGUCGAUCGCCUCAUGAAUCGAAGCAAUGGCUCCGAAGCAUUGCGUGAAUUCCAACAAAAGUAUCGUGAAUCACCCGAUCCUCUUUCCAUGGACACCCCCCGCACUUUGAGUCGUUUUGGUGGCGAUGCACCUGGCUAUGACGAUCACGAUUCUGGCAUAGAUUGGUCGAUGGAGUACGGAGGUACCAAUGCCAGUGCUAGGCCCCGGCGAGCGGCAACACAAGCCUCGUUCGCAGCAUACUAUCGCAGUGAUGACGACAAUGACGAAGAAGAGGAAGAAUAUCCUAUUGAGAGUGACAUUGAAUCAGAUGAACUCUCAGAUGAUGAUGACGAUGAACCAAGUGAUGGUCGUCGCCGUAGGUUGAGACGACGCGCAAAGAACAUGGCCGCUACCCGGUACUUAUCUGAAGAAUCGUUUGCAGAGACAAAGGGAACAAGGGCUUCAUCUCGCAUGCGAAAGACCACCAGGCGCAAUCUGCAAGAACGAAGUGAAAAUGACGAAUAUUCAGCAUUCGAGGGAGCACCAAAAGUUCAAAAAUACUCCGGCGCGAAGGAAACCUUUCAUGCACUUCCAGAACACGAUGAAUUCAGAGUUCGUCACAAUGAAGCCUGUAAAGUUUGCGGAGAUUAUGAGGAUGAUACAGAGAAAGGUCCAUUGGUGUUCUGCCAGGGUUGCACCUCAACCUUCCAUCAGGUUUGCCUUGGGUCUCGAUCGGCUCGGAAGCAUCUGGUCACCAAGGUUGACGAGGGUGUAUUUGUUCUUCAGUGCCGUUAUUGUGUGGGAGCUGCCACCGAACAACAUGACCUGGUUCCUCACUUGGGUCACUGCGCUGUUUGCAGGAAGGAAGGCCCAAUGUCAAAGCCGUUGCGAGAGCGGCUUACGCCUCGGGAAGAGCAAGAAUUGCGACAAGCUAACAGUGGCACCGACCCAACUACCCCUGUUGAUAUGUCCCGUGUGAACAAUAUUGACAAUAUCAUGGUCAGAUGCACCACUUGCGAGAGAGCGUUCCAUCUCGAUCAUCUUCCAGGUGACGGUGAGCAAGAUCGUACCAAGUUUCCUAGCGACGGCUGGCAAUGCAAGAAUUGCUCCGAUGCUCCUGGUGAAAUUGGUGGUCUGGUCGCAUGGCGGCCUAUUGACCCUAAUUCCAAGAAUAAUUUGGUCGAAAUCAAAGCAGAGAUUGAUAAGGAAUAUCUUGUCAAGUGGAAAAACAAGUCCUAUUUCCGUGUCACUUGGAUGCCCGGAGACUGGGUCUGGAAAUUGACCCCCAAAGCAAUGCUCAACUCAUUUUUCCGGCAUGCCAGAGCAGCCAAACCCAGAUGGACUGCCGAGGAGGCAAUUCCCGAAGACAAUCUGCGAGUUGACGUCGUCUUCAUGGUGAAAUACUUGGAUGAGGCCAGCUUCCCUGAAGACACCACAAAUCCCCAUAUGAUCGAAUCUGCAUAUGUCAAGUACAAAGGGUUGCCUUAUGAAGACUCGGUUUGGGAAGAACCUCCAAGUGAUUACGAACGAUUGCAAGACUUCAAGACUGCUCUCGUUGACUGGGUCCUUCGAGAUGAGAUACGUCCUCCAAAGCCAAGCGAGCUCAAGAAGCGGCUUGCGAUUGCCCGUUCCCAAAAUUUUGAACAGAGUCUCGUGCUGCGAUCACAGCCAGCGCUUGUUGUCGGUGGUGAACUCAUGGAGUACCAAAUGGACGGUGUGAACUGGCUUUACUACAUGUUUCUUCGGCAAACAAAUGCCAUUCUUGCUGAUGACAUGGGACUUGGAAAAACCAUUCAAGUCUUGACUCUCUUUUCGGCUUUGAUUGAGAACCAUGAGUGCUGGCCUUUCUUGGUCGUCGUUCCCAAUUCAACUGUCCCGAACUGGCGGCGCGAGAUCAAGACGUGGUCGCCCAAGGUCCGGGUUGUCGCAUGGUACGGAAGUGCGUUUUCUCGUGAAACCGCCAGAGAGUUUGAGAUGUUUAACGAUGAAAAAGAACUGUGUUGCCAUGUCGUCAUUGCAUCAUACGAAAGUAUGAUUGACGAUGAUGCAAAGCGUGUUCUUGGUAAGGUCAAUUGGGCUGGUCUGGUAGUCGACGAAGGACAGCGCCUCAAGAGCGAUAAGACCUUGCUCUAUGAUCGCCUUGUCAAUAUGAGCUUCGGCUUCAAAGUUCUUCUUACCGGCACACCCCUUCAGAACAACAUUCGCGAAUUGUUCAAUCUGCUCCAAUUCCUUGAUCGCAGCAAAGACGCCGAAGACCUGGAGGAGAAGUAUGGAGGAGCCCUUGACCAGGAGGCCAUUAGGGAGCUCCAUAGCAUGAUCCGACCGUGUUUCCUGCGUCGCACCAAAGCAGAGGUCUUGCCUUUCCUUCCCCCAAUGGUGCAGAUUAUCAUUCCAAUUUCCAUGUCGGUUGUGCAGAAGAAGCUGUACAAGUCGAUUCUUGAGAAGAAUCCGCUUCUCAUCAAAGCCAUUUGCAAGAGGCAAUCUGGCCCAGUGCCGAAGAAAGACCGACAGAAUUUGAACAACAUCUUGAUGCAGUUGCGAAAAUGCCUGUGUCACCCCUUCGUGUACAGCGAAGACAUCGAGGAACAAACUUAUGAUGUCGAGAAUUCUCACAAACAGUUGGUUGAAGCAUCUGGCAAGCUGAAGCUGUUGAGCUUGAUGCUUCCCCAGCUUCACCAGCGUGGAAACCGAGUACUCAUCUUCAGUCAGUUCUUGCGGAACUUGGAUAUCGUCGAAGACUUCCUUAAUGGCCUUGGGCUUAAGUACUGUCGUCUGGAUGGAGGCAUGGCCUCGAGAGAUAAGCAGAAGCGGAUUGACGACUUCAACGCACCGGAAUCCCCCUAUUUUGCUUUCCUGCUCUCCACACGAUCUGGUGGUGUUGGUAUCAACCUUGCCACUGCAGACACUGUCAUCAUCAUGGAUCCUGAUUUCAACCCGAAGCAAGAUAUGCAAGCUUUGUCGCGUGCGCACCGAAUCGGACAGAAGAAUACCGUUCUCGUGUUUCAUCUGGUGAUGCGUGCGACCGUGGAAGAAAAGAUCAUGCAAAAGGGCAAAAACAAGAUGGCACUCGAUCACGUGCUCAUCGAGCGGAUGGACGUUGAUGAUGAGGAGGAAGACCUAGAAUCCAUCUUGAAGCACGGUGCUCAGGCGUUGUUUACUGAUGACAAUUCUACUGAUAUCGAAUAUGACGCAGACUCCAUUGAUAAACUGCUGGACCGAAGCCAGGCUGAACAGACCGACCAAAUCGCCAACGAGGCUGGUUCGAGUUCGGCUGCAGGAGAGCAGCCACAAUUCAGUUUCGCCCGGGUCUGGCAAAAGGACGGCGGUACAUUGGAUGAAGUGGUAGAGACGGAAGACGUACCCGUGGAUAUCACGGCCUGGGAGAGGAUUCUUCAGGAGCGAGAGCGCGAAGCCCAAGAGGAAAUCAAUCGUCAAGCCGAGGGACUGGGUCGAGGUAAACGAAAGCGUACGAAGAUCAGUUACAACAACCGUCAGGAAGACGAAGAAUACCGGGGAAGCUCCAGCCCUCCUCCUGCGCCACCCGUCAAAAUGCGCAAGCCUGCCCGUGAGGAAGACAUUGAAUUCCAGGCGCAGAACGACGUCGACGAGAGUGAGUCCGAUGUGGACAUAAACAUGAGUGCCGACGUGAACGAUCUGGAUACUGCUCCACAGACGCCAUCCCGCAAAUUCUGCCGCGUGAAAUUAUCGCCCCCCACUUCAAUGGGUACCGAUGGUGCAUCGGACCCAUACCAUAUAUGUGUUGCCUGCAAGCAGAACCACGCUCCUGGUUAUUGUCCACUGCGCCGAGCAGGCUAUGAAUACUGUGGAUUAUGCGGUGUGGCGCACUUCUCGGCCCGGCGGGUGUGCCCGCAUCUGCAAUCCACUGUCCAGGUGAAGCGAAUGAUGGCCGCAUUAAAAGCCAGCAACGAAGACCCGGGCCUCAUCAGUAUUGCCAGAAAUUACCUCUCUGGUAUUUUGUACUCCACUGCGCAACAAGAGCGCAAAAAAGGGAAGCUAAACCAGCUGGAUGCUGCUGGACUCGUUCGUCCUCAGUUGGCAGUCACUUCGGCCUCGCCUCGUCCAGAGGUGGGCCAAAAGGGUGUAGACCUAACGGAGAGCACUGCCCUCAAUGGUUGA